CAGCCUGGAAGGUCUCAAACCAUGUCUCCUUCAGAUAGACCGUGGUCCCUGAGCAUCAUGUUCCUUUUGGGGAUGGCAUCAGAGGGGAUCAGCUGCCCGAGCAGGUGUAGCUGUCAGUACCUGGAGGUGAACUGCACCGGGCAGCAGUUGCAGGAGUUCCCUGUGGACAUCCCUCUGGACACUAGGCAGCUGAUUCUGGCAGCAAACAACGUCUCCUACCUGCCGGCAGUGGAAUUGAGCUUCCUGGCUGAUUUGGUCUAUCUGGACUGCAGAAAGAACCUCUUGGGGGAUGACCUGGAUUUCACUUUCGUUGGUGUGGCCAAGCUUGUCUAUCUGGACCUCAGCUUCAACAACCUCACACAGGUCACCUUCAGCACCUUCUCCCACCUCCUCAGCCUGGUGGUGCUGAAGAUCUCGGACAAUCCUAACCUCGUGGCCAUCGAGAAGGGUGCUUUUGCCAACAACACCUGGCUGAGGCACCUGGAUGUGAGCCGGACAGGCUUAACCUUCCUGGACACCAGCACCGUCAGGGACUUGCCCAACCUGAGGCUUCUGGGGCUCAGUGACAACCUGUGGCACUGCAACUGUUCCUUUUUGGAUUUCAUCACCUGGAUGAUGGAGAGCGAUGUGCAUUUUCCAGAUGCUGACAACAUCACCUGCUACACCCCAGCAGGCCUGCAUGCCCUGAGGAUGCCAGCAGCAGAGGCACAGCUCCACUUCAGCUGCCUGACCCAGCUGUACAAGCAGGAUUAUGUCUUUCUGUGUCUCGUUGGCUUCUGCAUAUUCCUUGCUGGCACCAUGGCAGCCUGGCUGGCCGGCAUCUGUGCCGUCAUCUACGAGGCCCAUGCCUCGAAGGGAGAGGAAGAGGAGGAAGAGGAGGAGGAAGACACAGCCCCUUAGGAUCAGCC